AUGCAACUUUCCGUGGUCUCUAUGCUGGCACUGGCCGUGUCUCUGGUCGACGCCCAGUCCCGGACGACUUCGACGCGAAAGACGACAACGAGCACCAUCAAGUGGCAAGCCUCCGGCGGCGUGUCCUGCCCCCACCCGUCCGUCAACACGCAGUGGCCGACGCCCACCGGCAGCACGUCGUUCCCCACGGCCUCCGUCAUCCCGGCCAACGCCGUCUUCGACGGGAAGAUGGCGCUGUUCGACCGCAAGGGCAGCACCGGCGACUGCAAGGGCCAGGUCGACCAAGACGAGGCCGCCGCCGUCUUCAUCCUCGAGCCCGGCGCGACGCUGAAGAACGCCAUCAUCGGGCCCGCCCAGGCCGAGGGCGUCCACUGCCGCGGGCCGUGUACCAUUGAGAACGUCUGGUGGGACGACGUGUGCGAGGACGCCGCCACGUUCUACGGCUCCGGGCCCAGAUACAUCCGGGGCGGAGGGGCGCGGGAGGCCAGCGACAAGGUCUUCCAGCACAACGGCGAGGGAUGGCUGCACAUCGACGGCUUCUACGCCAACAAGUACGGUAAAUUCUACCGCUCGUGCGGCAACUGCAGCCAGCAGUUCCAGCGCCACGUCAACAUUACGAACUUUGUUGGCAUCCAGGGCGUCGUUAUGGGCGUGAACCAGAACUACGGAGACACCGCUACGUUGUCGAACUACUGCCUUGCCAAGAUCGGAGUCAUCUGCACGCGUUACUCGGGCUGUGUCAAGCCCUGCGAGGCCGGGGAGAUCGGCGAGGGGGCGUUGGCGCCGUACUGCGUGGUCAAUGGUCAAGACUGGUCGUAA